AUGGCCGCAAUCUUGGAUGCUAUGGGACCCUACAUGAUGCAGCUGAUAGCCGACAUGGCAACAGAAGAGGUGAAGAUGUUGCUGGGCAUAUCUGGAGAUAUUGAGAAGCUAGAGAACAACAUGGAAAGUAUCAAAUGCUUCCUUACUGACGCUGAGAGGAAGCGCAUCAAUGAAGUGAGGGUGCAAAGAUGGGUUCAGAUGCUCAAGAACGUCAUGUAUGACGCCACUGACAUCCUAGACCUAUGUCAAAUUGAAGCUGACAAGCAGAGGGAGUCGAAAGCUAGCAGCAUGGUUGAAAAGGCUCUAGGUUGUUGCCGGCCAUUGCUCUCCUGCCUACGGAAUCCUAUGUUCGCACACAAGAUAGGCAGCCGCAUCAAGGAGCUCAACCAGAGGCUGGACAACAUAUAUGAAGAGGCUCACAAGUUCAACUUCAUCAAUCUAGGAUCCCACCCGGAACAGAGGAUGUCCACCGGAGAGAAGGUGACAUCUGAGUUUGUUGAGUCAGCUAUUGUUGGUGAGAAAAUUGAGAGGGAGACAAGGGAGCUUGCUCAAAUGCUAACCAUCAAUGGACACCACGACAUCAAAGUGGUGGCCAUUGUGGGCACAGGUGGCAUGGGCAAAACCACCUUGGCCCAGAAGAUCUUCAAUGAGACCACCGUCCAAGGACACUUCAAAAUGAAGAUAUGGCUAAGCAUCACCCAACACUUUGAUGAGGUUCAGCUUCUCAGGACAGCAAUUGAGCAUGCUGGGGGAGUCCAUGGCGGGGUGCAAGACAAAUCCCUCCUCUCACAGAUGCUCACCAACACCUUGUCCAUGGGUAGGUUUCUCCUGGUCCUGGAUGAUGUGUGGAGUAAUGUAGCAUGGAGCAAUGUGCUUAGUGUUCCAGUCAGAAAUGCAAGUAAAAAUCAACAGGGCAAUUGGGUGCUAAUCACUACAAGAUUAGAAGACCUAGCUCUACAGACCGGAGCCUCCUACCAACAUCAUGUCAGCCCACUCAACGAAGAUGAUGCUUGGUCCUUGCUCAACAAACAGUUGCCGCCAACACCUGGUCAAGUACAUGGAACAAAUCACCUGAAAGUUGUCGGGAUGAAAAUUAUCAGUAAGUGUGGAGGUUUACCACUUGCUAUCAAAGUGAUGGGAGGAUUGCUAAGUACGAAGCCCCGAAGCGAGGGUGAUUGGGAGGCUGUUUUGAAGCAUCAUGCAUGGUCAGUAGCUGGAUUGCCUAAGGAACUGGACAACGCGAUCUACUUGCGCUAUGAGGAUUUGUCUCCCCAGCUGAAGCAGUGCUUCCUAUACUGCUCACUUUUCCCUAAAGGUACAACUAUUUGGCAAAGUCAAGUUGUUCCGAUGUGGAUCAGUGAGGGAUUUAUCCAUCGACCAGACAGAAGCAGUUGUUCAUAUGAUGAUUGGCUAGAAGAAAUAGCAGAUGGGUAUUACCAGGAGCUAAUCACGAGGAAUCUUAUUGAACCAGCAACAGAAUCAGCUCUCACUCGAUACUCAUGCACCAUGCAUGACGUGGUGCGAUCUUUUGCAGAGUUUAUGUCUAAAGAAGAAUCAUUGGUCGUCCAGGAUCAGCAAGAUGAUGGUGGUAGCAAGAUCAGCCAUGUACGUCACUUGUCUAUAGGAUCAACCAAGUCAGCACUAGAAUGGGAUAUUCUACAGAAGCACAAAUCAGUAAGAACAUUAAUUAUAAAUAAAAGAAUUAAUGUUCAGCCUAGUGACUCAUUUGGGAGAUUGUCUACCCUAAGAGUGCUUUUUAUAAGGGGUACUGAUUGUGAUAGUUUGGUUGACUCUCUAUGUCUUCUGAGGCACCUGAGAUACCUCCACUUCCAGGAUACAAAUAUAUCUAGGCUACCUGGAGACAUUCAUAGGAUGAAGUUCUUGCAGCACAUUAUGGUUGAUAGAUGUCCACAGCUAGACCAUCUUCCUAGCUGCAUUACACAGCUUCUGCAUCUAAGAACUCUUAGCAUGUAUGGUUUCCAUGACAAUGUUUUAAUACCCAAGGGGUUUGGUCAGUUGAAAAAUCUAAGAACACUUUUGGGGUUUCGAGUACAUUUGGACAAGAAUGGGGGCACGGGCUGGUGCAGCUUGGAAGAGAUAGGGCCUCUGUCCCAGCUUAGGAAGCUUUCUUUACUAGGUCUAGAAAAUGUGCCUGCUAGCUCGUCGGCUGGAAUGGCCAUGGUUAGUAGCAAGGAGCACCUUGAUUACUUUGUACUAGAGUGGAGUAGCAGCGGAUUCAUGGAACUGAGGGAUGAAAUCAACAAGCAGCAGCAGCAGAGAGUAGUGGAGGAGGUAAUUGAGGUGCUCAGCCCUCCAUCCAGCAUUCGGCAUCUACACAUUGAAGGAUACUUUGGUAGCCGGCUACCAAAUUGGAUGAUGGUUCCAGCUACAUGGGUCUUUAAGAGCCUGAGGCUUUUAAGGAUGGACAAACUUUGUUGUUGCACCCAACUCCCUGACGGUCUGUGCCAGCUCCCUAGUUUGGAGUCGCUAGACAUUGGUGACGCACCUGCUAUCAAGAGUGUUGGGCCUGAGUUCCAGUCACCCUCCUCCCUGGCAUCAGUAGUAACAUUUCCUAAUCUGACAUUUCUUCGUCUGGCUGGCUUGUGCGAAUGGGAGGAGUGGGAAUGGGAGGAGCAGGGUGAGGAUGCAACAGUAGAUGCCAUGGCCAUGCCUGCUCUCAAGGAGCUCACAAUUCUUAGCUGCAAGCUAGCUUGUCUUCCACCAGGGCUCGCCAGUAGCAGGAGGCAUGCUCUAAGAGAAGUGCGCCUGUACAAGCUGAGCAACCUGACAUAUAUAGAGAACUUCCCUUCAGUCGUGCGGCUUAAAGUAUUCGACUGCCCGGAGCUGAGAAGGAUCAGCAAUCUCUCCAAGUUGCAGAAAAUCGACAUCGCAUACUGCCCAAAUGUGAAGGUGCUAGGAGUCCCGUCACUUGACAGCAUAGAGAUGAUGGACGGCACCAUGGAGACGAUUCCCGAAUAUCUGACAACAGUAACCCCAAGGGCUCAUAAUCUGCUCGACGCUACCCAGGAACUCCGAUGUUGGCGCAGGCGGCUGAAUGAGCGCCUCCAGCAACAUAGGAUCCACGCCCAUGCCCCCUGCAGGCCCCGACUCAUCUCUGGGAGUUCCAUCACGGGGAGGGGCUCGGCGCAAACCUCGCGCACGCCCUACGUGUUUCAUACGGAGCCCUCAGAGGGAAGUUUUGGUAGGUUGCUCGCCACUGAUCCCAGAAAUCCAAGAGCAGAUAACACAUGCUUCCAGCACAUGCCAAAUUUCGCACCCAACACUUUCAACCAGACUCAGUUCCCCACCCCACCACCACCAUUCAACCACUCCCAUUAUCCCCAGCAUAGUCAACCUACUCAUGCCAUGCACAACUUGAAUCCCUUCGGUGGUGUAGGCAACCUCCAACAGUAUGCCCAGUGUUCACCAAGUUAUCAAGGUUUUCAACCACUACCCAACUUUAGCUUCCCAGGUGGGAUGUUUGUAGAUGCUGUUGGUGGUGCAUCUUCGCAUGGCUUAGAUUCAGUAACCCUGCAAUCGCAAAUAGGAGAGCUGGAGCAAGAUGAAGAAAAGGAAGAUUCAAGCGCCAGCAACCCUGAUGAAGGGAGGAGGGCUGUGAGAAUUAAUUACAUUGAGGACGAGAACCUACGCCUUAAGAACAAAAGGACAAAAGUAGAUGAAUCUGGAGCAUACACUUCAUCUUCCAACCAAGACACAGACAAGGGGGAGACAUUCAAAAAAGUACGCCCAGAGGGGCAGAAGAAAGCAAAAGCUAGGAUGAGAGGAAAAGGAAAGGGAAAGGCCAUACCACAACCUCCCCUUGGCUCGCAGCCAAAUGAAGACAUGGUUUUGUUUCACGAUGCUAUGUUGAAGAGAGCAAGUGCACUAGAGAAAACAGCGGAAGCAUCAAAGGAAAAGGUUAGAAUGGAAAAGAUAGGAAAGUACAUGCAAAUUUCGGAUGAGAAAGCACAUAUUUUUACAAAUUGUGGAAGCAUUAGAAAAUUGGUCCCCCGUAUUUUUAGUUAA